AUGUUGAUGACUGCCGACCCCGCCGAUGGCUCUGCGCAGAACGAUGAGGAGAUAUUCUUCAUUCCCUCGUACCUAGCAGGCUCGACAUACGUCCAGAAGCUCGAGGAGGCACACAGGUCCAAGCUCCAGGCGCGCGAAUCGACCCGAACAUCGGCCAGCGGGCUCUCUCCAAGUCUGACCACUUUCAACCCUAAUCAACACCCUCUUCCUCCGGGCUCUCAUCGAGGCAUGUCGCACACUGUCAUCGAGCGGCCUCCAGUUUUUGAAGAGGAUGAGUCCUUGGCCCCUCUGCCCUCGAAAUGGAACAAGGAUGACCAAUGGGGCGGCAUCGAGAUCCAACCCGACGGCUUGAGCAUCAAGUAUGUCGGGCCCAAGAACCAGCACGACCGCGACCACGAGGCAUGCGCCGUUCGCGCCGACCAUUAUAUGCCCCUUCAGUGUGGGGUUUAUUACUAUGAAGUGCAGAUACUAUCUGCCAAGCGAGACGAUGCGACUAUAGGUAUCGGCUUUUCGACAAAGACGGCGACUCUAUCACGUCCCAUAGGUUGGGAACCAGAGGCGUGGGGUUAUCAUGGUGACGACGGGCGAUGUUUCACGGGCCAGAAUAUUGGACGCCACUACGGUCCGCGCUAUAACACUGGCGACGUGAUCGGAUGCGGCGUCAACUUCCGGAAUUACACUGCCUUCUUCACCAAGAAUGGAGUCAAGAUUGGAACCGCCUUUCAUGAUGUCAUCCGGGGCAAGUUGCAUCCAGCCAUCAGCUUGAAAAAGCCUGGGGAAUACAUUCGAGCCAAUUUUGGACAAAGCCCAUUUGUGUACAACAUUGAUGACUUGAUGCGGGAAGAGCGUGAGAAGGUUCAAAAGGAAAUCGAGGCUACAGAAACGUCAACGCUGGUGCCAGGAAUGAAUGAGACAGAUCUCAUCCAGGCUCUCGUCCUUCAAUUCCUCCAACAUGACGGCUACGUAGAGACAGCGCGGGCUUUUGCACAGGAUAUGAAGGUCCAAAAGGAGGCUCUGAAUAUCGACCCCAACGUCAAAGUCGACGGCCUCAAUAUCAGGGACGAUGAGGAUGCCAACAAUCGACAACGUAUACGAAAAGCUAUCCUAGAAGGCGAUAUCGAUCGAGCUCUCAAGUAUACAAAUGCAUACUACCCUCACGUUCUACAGGAUAAUGAGCAUGUCGACUUCAGGUUACGGUGUCGGAGAUUUAUUGAGAUGGUGCGAAAAGCAGCACAACUCAACAUGCUCAACGAUUCGAAGAAAAGCAACGGGCAUGCCACUGAGGCGCCCCACGACAUGGAUCUGGACAUGAAUGGUAGCGAAAGUACUGUCUGGGCCACCCUGGGCGCCGAUGCUGUUGAGAACUCGGCUGAGCUAGCUGAACUGGAGCGUACCAUGCUCGAGUACGGUCAGUCGCUGCAGGCCAAGUAUAGAGAUGACCCACGGAAAGAGGUCGAGAAGGCGCUCAACGAAAUCUGGGCCCUGGUGGCGUACCGAAAUCCUCUGAAGGAGCCGCAGGUUAGCCACCUGCUGGAUAGAAAGGGACGAGUUGCCGUGGCGGAGGAGCUUAACUCGGCCAUCCUUUUGUCUCUCGGCAAAUCCUCUCGCGCGUCCUUAGAGAAGUUGUACGCCCAGACCAGUGUUCUGCUCGAGGACCUUCGCCAGGACGGCGGCGAGGGUGCCUUUGUGUCUGUCGAUGACGCCAUGGAAGAUAUUCCCCGGUCGACACAAAUCUAA